AUGGCUGGUGCGAUGUCCGAGGCGGAGCGAAAGGAGCGCAGGAAGGUCACCAACGCAAACUCGCAAAAAAAGAACAAGCAUCUGCGCGCCAAGAAGAAGGCCAUCCGCAAGGCCGGCAUCUCUGACGCGCAAAAGGCACUGGAGGCAGCCGAGCAAACAGCUCGGUCUGCUCUCGGCCGGGCUCGCAGAGGCUCCGCCGCACCCGAAGUGGUGGCGCGCCGCCGGGCCGAGCUCGACGCCUGCCUCGUUUGA